CCUUAACCCAUCUCGCCGACCGGGCGGUUGGCCUUCAUCUCUCGCGAAUGCCGCCGUCUCUUUCAUCAUGAAUAUGUCCGGCGCGAAGAGGAAAAGAGAGACAACACCUCCAUCAGAUGGAGCCCAGGUGCAUGCCCAGCGACCAGAUCCAGCCACUCCAUGUCGCAUGUUUUGUUUGGUGUGGUUGGCUGAUUGGAUUGGUUGCGUCAUGCAGCUACGGGCGGACGCGAAGGCCAUGUUGGACAGCCUCGCGAAGCUCGAGGGCAUCCACUCAGAAGUGAGCGCAUGUGAAGGCUGACACUCACAAGCCAACCAACUCGUUAAUUCAUUUUCAUUGUUCGUCAGAUCUACGAGAGGCUUCAACGGGUGGACGAGCAUGCAUUCAACAUCGCCGCCGAGCAUGUGAGUGACACAGUAAGUGAUAGGGCCUGGAGUGAUUUCUUUCUAUCAGCUUAAUUACCAUUGUCGGUCGAUUGUGUCGUUCCUUGCAGUCAUCCACCGUCAAUGAGUUGAUGCGGCAUCAGCUUCGCGUGCAGAUGUCGUUUCUGUCUGCGUUCCUGGCCGCCGCCACGGGGCAGCUGACCCAGCUUGAGCCACAGCUGAGUACAGCGGUGGAGGCACUCAUUGCACCAGCUGUCGAGGCACGUGCCAACCAAAGGAAGGAGUUUAGGGCCUAA